AUGGUCCAUUUGUCGACUGUCCCAAAGUUGGCAGCGAUUAUUGGGCUAGCGGCGGCUAUGAAGAGGGCAAAAGACAGUCCAGUGAUUUUGAGGCCUGAGAGUUUGGUCUCGCGCUUGAUAUAUGCGAACGCUGCACUGACUGCACUAACAAAAAUAUUGGCUAUCUUGAGGACUGACACGACCUUCUUCGCUAACGAUGGAGCUGCCACUGGUUUCCCUGAGACUUCUGCUGCUCCUGAGGAUCCUCCAGAAAUGAGGGAAUAG